UGGUCGUUUUUGACAGUAUAAUAUCACGCACUGAUACAAUCCUGUGCGCAAAAGUAGAAUAACGGCGACUGGUGGUGCGCGCGCGCGAGCGUGCGUGCGUGCGUGCUUGUGCGCGUUUUCCUAAUAAUCAAUCAGCCCUAUAAUGACCCGGAUUAAGCUGCGAGUUUAAAUGGCGUCAGAUUCCUAACCUGGGAAACUGUUUACACUGCCGAGGUGACAGAUUUCUCGUUGCAAGUAUCUGCUUGAGCAUUUGCACGUACCGCUUUACAGUUUGUACAGCCUCAGUACAAGUGAAGCUAGGUAAACAGUGUGUGUUUUCCUUGAGCUUACACAAAACGAGUUAGGCGUGGGUAAUGAUGCUUGGACACCCGUUCACAAUGUGAGACAUAACAAAAGGCGAGGUUCCUCUAAUCUCAGCCAUGGCCCGUUACUGUAGAUUGGAUUUAGCACAUUUCUGCCUUGCUGGUCAGCUCCUUUUACUUCUCCUCUCCAUGUCUUCUCUAUCAGUGAGUGCACCCACCUACCAGUUGCAGAAUCCCCACAUCCCCUCUCUGGUGCCUCACGCCCCUUUGGCCCUCUCUCGCUCCCGUUUCAGUGCAAAUGCCCAGCUGGAUUUUACCACCCACUGCAAUACCAGCUGCUACCACAAGGUAGAAGACAUUGACAAAGAACAUCUAACUGAGCAGUUGGCCUUUGAAACACUGUAUGCUGAUGGCUCACGUACGCUAACCACUGUCGAGCUGGAAGAUGAAGAGGCCGACAGCAACGUGUCUCCUGCAGUGCCCAUCAAGUGGAAGAAUAAACUCCUAUCUUUCCCUCACAAAAGAACAAGGAGGCAAAUCUAUGGCGCAGAUGGACGCUUCAACAUUCGUGGUGACCACUUCCUGUUGGACUACCCCUUCUCCACAGCUGUACGCAUUUCGACAGGCUGUACUGGUGUUCUGGUAUCCCAACAACAUGUGCUGACCGCUGCCCACUGUGUACAUGAUGGAAAAGAUUAUGUCAAAGGUGCACGCAAGCUCAGAGUUGGCUUCCUCAUUCCACCCUCAGCUAAUGGCACCAAAGAAGACUUGAAGAAGCCCUUGGUGCGCUGGGUGAGGGUGCGGCGGACACGUGUGCCUAAAGGGUGGAUACAAGGACCCCAGGAUGUCAGCAUGGAUUAUGACUAUGCCCUUCUGGAGCUGCGUUGGCCACAUCGCCGCCCCUUUAUGCGCCUUGCCGUAGCCCCUUCUUCUAACGAUUUGGCUGGAAAACGCAUCCAUUUCUCUGGGUUUGACAGUGAUCGGCCCGGAGAGCUUGUGUAUCGUUUCUGCCCUGUAGAAGAUGAGAGUAAUGAUCUAAUCUACCAGCAUUGUGAUGCGAGACCCGGGGCCAGUGGCUCUGGGGUAUAUGGCCGUGUGUGGGACAAUGUUCUGGAGCGCUGGGAGCGCAAGGUGAUUGGCAUUUUCUCUGGACACCAAUGGUUGGAGAUCAAUGGCGAGAACCGUGACUAUAAUGUAGCUGUCCGUUUCACUCCACUGAAAUUUGCUCAGAUCUGUUACUGGGUGCAUGGAAACAGAGCAGACUGCAGUCAGGACUGAUUUAGAUAAGCAUGAGCAGUCAGAAGGAGAGGAAAGAAAAGCUGAUCCAUGAACGUGCGCUUUUACACUCAGUCCUUUUAUAGACAAAAAAGAAAUUACAGUCAAAUCAAGAUAUGGUCCUUGGAAAAAGGUUAUCAAAGGAUUCUAGAUUUGAUCAUCAAAGUUUAAGUUAAUCCAAAUUGGAUCAGAUAUCAUGUUUGUAUUAAAUUGGACAUUUAUUUAAACAAGUAAAACACUGUUGCCUCUCCAUUUUAAUAUAUUCAUCUUGGAUUAUUUGGUUAGGACAUCUGAGAAAUGAGACCGGAGGGUGAGGAAUUGUUCAGUUGCUUCUAGCCAAGUCAGUACCGCUAUAAAAUAGAAGUUACAGUUACACUGUGUAGAUAUCCAUAAUAUCGAUCGGUAUACCUGGCAUGUAUUUGUUUUAAAAACUCUUUAACACCAGACGCGGUGUACAACCCAACAACGACGCUUCCAGUAUGAUCCCAUGUUAAUCAGUGGCUACAUGUACACUCAGCCUAAUACUCAGUUAAUAAUCCGAUAGCUUGCUUAAUCGGAAUAAAAAAACAUUCAUGUAUACACUUCAGUAGGAAUAGAGUAUACUAUUGAUCCCAGUCCGAAUGAACUUUCGAUCAAAUUAGGUCAUUAAUCCUUUGAAUAAUCUGUUAAUAGAAGAAUAAUAGUCAUGUAAACCUUCGUCUGAUUUCAUUCUCUUAUCAAAAUGUGUGUUUGGUUCACGGUGGAAAUAAUUGUAAAGGGCCGCAAAUUUAAAUUUUAAGGCAGAUUCUGGACCAAUUAAAGUUAGCGCUCAGCGUUUUUCCCAGUCAAGACAUUGGCUAUUAAUAUUGGUAACAUUAGAAGAUAUGUAUAGGCAAUAUAGGUACACUAUAUGGACAAAAGUUUGUGGACACCUGACCAUCACACCCAUAUGUGCUUUGUGAACAGAUGUAGCCACCCUUUGCUGUUAUAACAACCUCCAUUCUUGUGGGUAGGCUGUCCACUAGAUUUUGGUGCGUGGCUGUGGGAAUUUGUGCUCACUUAGCCUUAGUAAAGUCAGGCCCUGAUGUUGUGUAAGGACGCCUGGGGUACAGUCAGCAUUUCAUCCCAAAGGUGUUCAGUAGAGUUGAGGUCAGUUUAGGCAGUUCGAGUUCUUCCACCCCAACCUUCGCAAACCAUAUCUUCAUGGACCUGGCUUUGUGCACAGGGGCAUUGUCAUGCUGCUACAUGUUUGGGAAGUGUAGUUCUGGUGAAGGGAAAAUGUAAUGCAACAGCAUACAAAGGCAUCCUAUACUUAUACUGUGCCGCAAACUUUGUGGCAACAGUUUGAGGAAGGCCUACACAUGGGUGUGAUGGUCAGGUGUCCAUAAACGUUUGACCAUGUAGUGUAUCUUCUUUUAACUAUGAAUGUCAGGCUAAUACCAAAUGCUGAGCAACUUUACUGAAGUCACGAACUCUUCUUGCUCAGUAACAACAUUUCGAUGACAUUUUGCUUAAUAAUUUAAAACAUGUUAAAAGAUGAGAGUAUUUGCAUGCACACAUAGCCAUUCUAUUGGGGGGAAAAAAAACAGUACAAAAUGCCAUUCGUGACUAUAUGUGUAGGCUAGGCCCACAGUAUUAGUAGUAGGCCUACACAGCCUUAUUUUAAUACGUAUUACUGCAGCGAACUAUCUGUAAAGUUCUCUGGAAUGAAAAAAGAGGAAACAAGCUAGUUUGGCUCGAUCAAAUGCUUGCAUUAUCUGUCUAUCACAAAUCAAGCUGUUUGAAUUUUCAGCUACUAGCUGUAUUGUCAACAUUGUCCGCAGGGGCAGACUUAGCAUUAUGAAAAGGUAGGCAACCACAUUGGGCCCCUAAAAAGGCAAAUUAUAUAUAUUUAAUUAUUAAUGCUAAAUAAAAUAGGUUAAAAUACUGAAAUUCGGGCAAUAUAUUUUGCCUAGGGCCCCAAAAAACCAUCCCUGCAUGUUGCUUUUACUAAGAAAGUGCAUAACUGAAUUCGCAAAGCUCAGACUGAAGGGGAAAAAGCCUCAAGGUGUGGCUGAGGCGUCGCUUCGGGUGCAUAUUCAAGUUUAGGCUGUGAUGCUCACAGUUAUAACAUUGCUUUGUCUUUGUUAGAUAUGUUAAACUGUUUCUAAUGUUGAGGUAACUGGGGCACUUUAAUACUGCUUAUCAUGAUGAUCGCAUAAACUGGUGGUAUUAGUGAGCUAAAUUUGUGUUUUAUAGGCUAAUAUAGAGGCUAAUUUACGUUCCGGGUGUAGAAACAACUGAUACAUGUUAUAUGGAACAUCUAAACAUAACCUCCUCUGUGAUCUUCUCUGAGUAAAUAUUAUAGAAUACAGACAUCAACAGCUUUAGCAAGAUAUGACUUGCUAGAUUGGAUUGCAACUACAAUAGAUGUGGGUACAUUGAUGAAUAUAUUUUUUCUAUUUCUAUCAGAAUGCUUCUAUUUUAAUAAACAAAAAGAUGUCUAUCGUAA